UGCACUAUGCUGCAUUAGAAACUGAGUAAUGAAUGCAAUUAUAUUGUAAUUCAACCAAUAUGUUGGGCGAAUGCGGUUCAGUGGAAAUAUCCUUUAUCAGUCUAUGCAACUGAAUAUAAGUUAAUGCGGUGUAUCAGCAGAGUACGGUCCGGGUACCGGUCACUAUGAUUGUUAAUUUCUCUGUGGUUGUGUGUGGUGGUGUCGGUGGGUACCGGUACCGGUACCGUACGUGCGUAAAAUAAUUUUAGGAUUGUUAUACUUAAUUACUGAUCUGAGUAAGGUUGAGCUGACUGAUCAUGAAUGAAGAUUACAUUAAACAAACAAAUUCAACCCAAGGCGGUUUGCUUAUGACAUCACUCGAUAGCUUGAGAGAACAAAACAUUCUCUGCGAUUUUGAUGUCAAGGUUGGUGACAAAUCCUUCCGUGCUCAUCGCUGUGUCUUGGCAGCCUCAUCAGGAUACUUUAAAGCGAUGUUUACGAGCAAAAUGAAGGAAUCUCGUGAUGGUUUUAUCAAUAUGAAGGAUGUCGAUCAGAAUGGGAUUUCCCAAUGUAUAGAAUUCAUGUAUAAAGGAGUAGGAAAUUUGAAAAUGGAAUACCUUCAACAAAUCCUACAAGCAUCCAACCUGUUACAAAUGGUUGGCUUGACUAACUUUUGCUUUCAUUACUUGAAAACCAAUCUAUCUCAAACCAAUUGUCUUUCUGUCAUCAAUUUGGCUCAAGCGUACGAUCGUCAUGAUAUAAAAGAACAAGCAGAACAGGUGCUGAUCACUAAUUUCAAAUCAGUAAUUUCCUCUGAGAUGUUCCCGUUCAUUAUUAAGCCAGAUCUCCUGCGUUACAUAAAAGUUUCAAAUGUGAGUUAUCAAACAUCAUGGCAAGCUAUGAUAACAUGGGCAAGAGCAAAAGAUGAAGAUGCAGAGAGAUGUUUUGCCGAUCUUGUUACAGUCAUCAAUAUCCAGACUUAUCCUUUCAAAUUUCUUCUGGAGACUGUGUUGGAAGAACCACUGGUGAAAAGUAAUGACAUUGCAAAGAAUUCAGUCAUCACUGCAUUAUUCUCUGAUGUCAAGAAUCUUGAGACAAAUCUUGAGAUUGACAACUGCUUCAUCCUGAAGAAUAUGGCUGAAAUUCAUCAAGCUACCAACCCAAAUCCAGUGAAAGAUGUCAUGGAUCGAUUCCUGGAAGCAAAUUUCGAACAAAUCAUUGAGAAAAAAGAGUUCUGUGAUAUCAGCAAAGAUGACAUCAUAAGGAUUUACAAAUCCCAAAACACAAAAUAUUCUUCUGAGACUGUUAAAUGGCAUGGAGCUCUUAGAUGGAUAAAGCAUGAUCUUCAAAGGAGGAAAAAGAUUUUUCAUGAACUGUUCAGCCUUCUUGACCUGAAAAAAUUUCCCUUAAAAUUUUUGGAAGAAACCAUCCGCUCGGAAACUCUAGUCAAUGACUCUCGUAAAUGCUACGAUAGACUUUUUGAUGAAAUAUUAUCUCGGGCAAGAAAGAGUUCACAAUUUUCUAGUCAGUCUGUCCAGCAACCAACAUCUAGAGCGGAUACAGAAACUUCCCUGGGCAACACUGCAUCAAGUAGUCGCAGCUCUAGGAAUGCCGAAGAACCACAGAUGGGAGCAGUGGGUGAAUACAGGGAUGGCACUUCAGAAUCUCAGUCUUCAAGUCAAGCUACUUUAUCUGGUCUAAGAACCAUCAACCAACAACCACCUGGUGGAAGAAUGUCAGUGAGAAGGUUGAGGGAACCACUGCCAGGAUAUAGAUGGGGCACUCUUGUCAUCACCUCAUUCCCUGCUGGAAGUCUGAAUGGUGUUUCAUAUGAGGCAAAGAAGUUCACUGAAUAUUUGCCUGCAGACCUCUACCUCAGUAACUUGCUCCAGAAAGCAUUCAAUACAGGAUUGCUCUUCAAGAUUCAGAUAAUUGAAAGCAGCCGAGGAGAGAUAAUAUGGAAUGAUGAAAUUCCUCAUAAGACUAACGAACUUGGAGGUCCAGAUAACAAUGGAUAUCCUGAUGAUGACCAUGAGCGUAAACUUUGUGAUGCAUUGAUAAUAAAAUUAAAGGCAGCAGGAAUUAAAUAA